GCGCCGCGGCACCUUGAGGAGGCAGCGCCGGGGCGAAGGCUCGCGUCAGUUCCUGCUCCUAUGCUGGGCUCGGCCAAUUACACGUCGGCUACUUCGGCUCCCGCCUCGUCUCCAUGGUGACAGGAGGAGCCAGCCUUUUCCGGCCCCUUUGGGGAGCCAGUUGUUCCUCAACAUGGGGACAAUACACUUAUUUCGCAAAUCACAGAGGUCUCUACUUGGCAAGUUAACACAGGAAUUUAGAUCAGUAGCUGCUGAUCGAAGGUCAUGGAAGAUCUUGUUGUUUGGUGCGAUAAACAUAGUAUGUACUGGCUUCCUCCUUAUGUGGUGCAGUUCAACAAACAGCAUAGCUUUAACUGCAUAUACCUACCUAACUAUCUUUGAUCUUUUCAGCUUAAUAACAUGCUUGAUAAGUUAUUGGGUAAUGAUGAAGAAGCCCAGCCCAGCUUAUUCAUUUGGGUUUGAGAGAUUUGAAGUCCUAGCAGUAUUUGCUUCCACGGUUCUAGCACAGCUUGGGGCGCUCUUUAUACUCAAAGAAAGUGCUGAACGAUUUCUGGAACAACCGGAGAUUCACACGGGUCGAUUGUUGGUUGGUACCUUUGUGGCACUCUCCUUCAACCUGUUUACAAUGCUUUCUAUUAGGAAUAAACCUUUUGCUUAUGUCUCUGAAGCUGCAAGUACAAGUUGGCUUCAGGAACAUGUUGCCGAUCUCAGUAGGAGUUUGUGUGGGAUCAUUCCUGGGCUGAGCAGCAUCUUUCUUCCACGCAUGAACCCUUUCAUCUUGAUUGACCUCGCGGGGGCUUUAGCUCUUUGCAUUACAUACAUGCUAAUCGAAAUUAAUAAUUAUUUUGCAGUAGAUACUGCCUCUGCUCUAGCCAUUGCCUUGAUGACGUUUGGUACCAUGUAUCCCAUGAGCGUCUACAGUGGGAAGGUAUUGCUUCAGACAACACCACCUCAUGUGAUUGGACAGCUUGAUAAACUUUUAAGAGAAGUUUCUACAUUGGAUGGUGUCUUAGAAGUACGAAAUGAACAUUUUUGGACAUUGGGAUUUGGUUCUCUGGCUGGAUCAGUACACGUGAGAAUUCGAAGAGAUGCUAAUGAACAAAUGGUACUUGCUCACGUGACCAAUCGGUUGUAUACGCUAGUGUCUACGUUGACUGUUCAGAUUUUCAAAGAUGACUGGAUUAGGCCAACCUUAACCUCUGGAACUAUUGCAAACAAUAUGCUGAAUCUUUCAGAUCAUCACAUCAUUCCAAUGCCACCUCUAAAGAUGGCAGAAAACUCUAACGUGGCUACAUCUACUCCAGCUAAAGCAAGUAGUCCACCUCCAGAAUUCUCCUUUAACACACCAGGCAAAAAUAUGAAUCCAGUCAUUCUCAUGAAUACUCAGACUAGGCCCUAUAGACUAGGCUUCAACCGUGGAACUGUACCUUACAGCAGUGUCUUCACACAAGGAUUUGGAGUCCCAGGAAUAGGGGCAACCCAGGGAUUCAGGACUGGUUUAAUAAAUGCUCCCCACAGAUACGGAACUGGCACUCAAGGUCAGCCCAGGCCCCAAUAAACUAUUUUCCAUAUUUAUUGUUUGAUUAUUUUUUAUCUAUUUUAUUGCUCACUUUUUUCUACAAGACUAUUCAUAUUUUUUAGAUGGACCAGGAUCAAAUAUUUCCAAUCAUGAAAAUGUGUUUUUGUUGUUUUAUUUACUAUCUUAUGCAGUUACUAUACAAGCGGUGAGCUUAUUCAUGUUUUAUUUUUGCUUUUGUAAGUGAUUACAGUACAAUAUAUCAUUGGAGCUUCAGAAGAUAACAAAUUUGAUCAAAAGUGAGGUUCUAUAUAGUUUUCUUGAUGGUGAUGAAGAGUGUUUCCAAUUUCCAAAUUUCUCCAAAACUUCUUUGCCUAUGAUGUAAUCAUACAAUCAUUUUUUAAAAGUUACCAUUUCCUUAAUUGGAAAGGUGUGUGUCAUAUAAAAAUGACCACUUGGAGGUCCAACAGACCCAUUUGAAAUCUUAUUUGACAUUAAGAGAUGCUUAUCUAAAUAAAUACUUUAUAUUGCUGCCAGGUUCACAA